AUGGAGGACUCGCAGGAGACAUCGCCUUCUUCCAACAACUCUUCGGAGGAGCUCAGCUCUGCCCUGCAGCUGUCAAAGGGCAUGUCUAUCUUCCUCGACAUACUGAGAAGAGCAGACAAAAACGAUGAUGGGAAGUUGUCCUUUGAAGAAUUCAAAGCCUAUUUUGCAGAUGGUGUUCUAAGUAGGGAAGAAUUGCGUGAGCUCUUCCAUACCAUUGAUACACACAAUACCAACAAUCUUGACACAGAAGAAUUAUGUGAAUAUUUUUCUCAGCACCUUGGAGAAUAUGAGAAUGUCUUGGCUGCCCUAGAAGACCUAAAUCUUUCCAUCUUAAAGGCAAUGGGCAAAACAAAGAAAGAUUACCAAGAGGCCUCCAACUUGGAACAGUUUGUAACUAGGUUUUUGUUGAAGGAGACCUUGAACCAACUGCAGUCUUUGCAGAAUUCCCUGGAGUGUGCUAUGGAAACCACAGAGGAACAAACUCGCCAAGAGAGACAAGGUCCCACCAAACCGGAAGUCCUUUCGAUUCCAUGGCCUGGCAAACGGUCCAGUCGCAGAGUCCAGAGACACAGCAGCUUCUCUCCCAACAGCCCUCAGUUUCAUAUGUGUGGCCCAGGUCUGUUAGAGGAAGACAACCAAUGGAUGACCCAGAUAAACAGACUUCAGAAGCUAAUUGAUCGUCUGGAAAAGAAGGACAUAAAGCUUGAGCCUCUGGAGGAAGAAAUUUUUGAAGGAAACACUAAAUCACAUAUCCUCCUUGUUCAGCGUCAGAUGUCUGUGGUAGAGGAAGACUUGGAAGAAUUCCACCUGGCUCUGAAACAGUAUGUGGAAAGUGCUUCCUCCCAGAGUGGGUGCCUACAUGUUUCCAUUCAGAAGCUUUCAAAUGAAUCCCGCUUCAUAGUUUAUGAGUUCUGGGAGAAUAGCAGUGUGUGGAAUAGCCACCUUCAGAUGAAUUACAGCAAGGCAUUCCAAAGGAGCAACGUGGAUUUCUUGGAAACUCCAGAACUCACAUCUACUAUGAUAGUUCCUGCUUCAUGGUGGGUGCUGAACAACAACUAG